CAAUAUUUUCCCGCGCUAAAAAAAUGUCUCUCAACGAGUUUAUGAAGCCAAGAAUAAAUGGAUCAUUAUUACACAAUUAUAUUGGGAAACAAGUUUGCUUGGUUGGUCUUCCAAAAAAUGUAGAGAAUUCUGGUAACUUCUUCACCCUAACCACUUGUGACAAUCAAGAUGUUAGAAUUCAAAUGCAAGCACCAAUUAACCAAAGGAUUUCCUCUGUAACUGAAGUUCAUGGUACAGUCACUGCUCGGAACAGUCUACAGUGUGAUAAUAUUGUUGUUUUUCCUGAAGGAUCUGAAAACUUUGAUAUGUCAUUAUACCAGAGUAGCAUAGAAUGUAUGCUGAGAUGCCCCAGCCUGUACAAGCAAGGUGGCAACACUGAAGACUAGUUUCUUCAACAGAUCUACAUUAUAUAUUGUGUAAUAUAGUAAAAAAAAAGUGUGUGAUUAUACAUUUAUGUGAACUUUCGAAGCAUUAAACUUGAGUGUGAAGGCUCUCACAAAAUUUA